CUAUAGUGUGUUCACAUAUUUAGACGAAAUCCCUAUUUCAAAUCUAGGGUUUUAUUCCAUCUCAACCAGAGGCUUUCGCCCAUUGCUGAACAUCUUUAGGCGAAAAUGCCGUCGCACAAGACGUUCAUGAUUAAGAAGAAGCUGGCGAAGAAGCAGAGGCAAAAUAGGCCAAUUCCUUACUGGAUCCGUAUGCGCACGGACAACACCAUCAGGUACAAUGCGAAGCGCAGGCAUUGGCGCCGUACCAAGCUAGGGUUUUGAGGUGCUGCUUGGGAAUUUUUUUGUUACUGCUUUAUGCUAAUUGGUUUUAGGUUUAAGUCUUCAUUUGUAGACUGUAACCUAUCUUUUUAGAUAAUGGUGUUUUUUUAUUAAGAUAAAGGCUUGAAACUAUGGAUUA